AUGUCCGCCCAGACAGUCACAUUCCAGCGCCAGUCAACAGAGCCCGCCAGUGUCAUUCGCAUUCACCGUCACGAUGCUGUCGGUGACGCUCCACUUCCCGCAAACUCUGUGCUUCUCAAGUUUCUAGCCGCUCCCGUGAACCCUCAGGAUCUGUUGGUCAUUGCCGGACGGUAUCCUGUCCAACCCCACCAUCGCUAUAAUGACGAGCCUAUCCCCGGAUACGAUGGCGUGGCUCGUGUUGUGCGCGUAGGAUCUGAUGUGACAACACUCAAGACUGAAGAUCAUGUCAUUCCGCGCGCCCAUGGCCUAGGGACCUGGCGCACAGAAGCCGUGGUCCCGGCAACCGCUGUGCUGAAAAUAUCCAACAACUUGGAACCGACGACCGCCAGUUUGUUGAAGACAGGCUGCUCGACGGCUUAUCUCCUACUCGAAAGCUGCCCAUCCCUGAGUCCAGGGGACUGGGUUGUUCUGAAUGCCGCGACGGGUUGGAUUGCGCGAAUGGUGGUUCAGUUUGCCUUGCUCAAGGGAUGCCCGAGUAUCUGUGUGAUCCGGGACCGAGAUGAUGUUGAGGCCACACGACAGUCACUUCUUGACCAGGGGGCGCGUGUGGUUGUCACCGAGUCUCAGCUUGCCAAAGAAGGACCAAGCGCGAUCGCAGGAGGGAACCGCGUUACUCUGGCAUUGGAUGCGGUCUUCGGUCAGUCUGGCCAGCGACUGGCCGCAAUGCUGGCACCAGGGGCCACUUUCAUCAAUUACGGGUCACUGGGAGGGGCGACUGGUGAACUGGUUCUCAGUCAGGAACUCCUUUUCUGGAAACAAAUUACUUUCAAGAAUUUCCGGCUCUCUCAAGCUUUGGCGCGCUACACGGAAGAUGCGCAGAUUGAUCUUCUUACCUGGUUCACCGAGCUCUUUGAAGAAGGGAAGAUCACUGCCCCACCGGUUAACCGCGUCGACUGGGAAGAAGAAGGUGGAAAUCUUGAGAAGAAAGUCCAGUCGGUAUUAGCUCGAGCUGGGGGUAAGAUAGGACCGGUUGUUGGGUGUGCCAAGCACGUUGUACGGUUUUGA